UAGCGGCAGUCUUUGCGUGUGGCGGCAUGGCCAUUGGUAUCAAUGGAGCGCUCAGCGGUGGAAUGUGACACACAAUCACGGAAACUGAUGAGCGCCAGAAAUCGCGAGCGGAAAAAUCCUGGAAAAUCAUCCAGUAUCCGGCCUUUUUUGGGACUUGGUCACUUUUGUGUUACAAUUUAAUUGGGAGACGAUGCAAGCGAGCGAUAUCGAGUGACUUUAUUGUUGUUUAAAAUUUAAUAGGUAGACUCUGGGAAAACUAACAAACUAAAUUUAAUCAUUAGAUUCAUUACCAAUAUUUACCAUCCAGCCCUAGUCGGGAUUCUUGUUGGUUCUCAGGUUCUGCGUAGUUCUCCAUUGAAUCGUCAUAUUUAUCCCAGAGACGGAUAUUCUUACCAUUGUGAGUUCCCGAUCGUUGAUACAGUUCCCGCUCUGCUAUACUGUAGUCUUCGCUUUUCUUGCCGUCUCAUGACUCUCAUGAUCGUUUCUGAUGGUUUUUACGAUUUAAUAAUUUUUUUCAAGUGACUUGACACUUGAUUCACUUGAAUCUUCACUGUAAUUUGCUUUCAAAAUGGAACGCCGCGGACAACCAGAUAGUCCAGAGCCUGACAUAGUUAUCGACUUCGGAGAGGGGUUGGAUUCAAACUUGGCAACGACACCGAAUGCUAGCCAUAGUGAAAUGGAACCUAAUGGUUCCAAGCGCGAACCCGAAGACGAGGAGAUGCUGGUUUCCGAUCAUACAGGUCCACUUUCGUUCCCGGUUGCCUCGUCCCCCGCAGUUCCUGGUCUUUCCCCUGCGAUUUCCCUGCAGGGCCUAGAGUUGACGCCAGGCGUGGCGGCCGCACUGAAGAAGAUGCUGGACGAGAAGAACCGAAAAGAGGCCACCGUGGCACAGAUGAAAAGCAUCAUGGACUGGGAUGCAGUUGGCGAAGACGUUAGAUUGCUUUUCCCCGAAGAUUUUCUCUUUUCCUUGGCGAAUUGGAUUAUUAACCACAAUCAACCGGACGUUAUCAAACAAUGCAUUCUGGAUCAGAAUAGAAAAGAGGCAGAAUUUCAUAAGAAGCGGGAAGAUAUGGUAAAUGCUCAGCAAAAAGAACUCCACACUUUGCAAAAGACUCACCAGGAAGCUUUGACUGACUGUGAUCACAAAAAUACACCGCACAGGAAACCUAUAAUAGCCAAACAGAACGACGAAGAAUUGCAUAAAAUUUUAGCUCGACAGAAAGAGGAAUUGUUUUCAUUGGAUCGAAAGAUUGUGGCAGCAAUCGAUCAGUUGUUAACUGCGCAACAGCGGCGGUUUAACGAAGUGGGCAUCCCGGGAAUGAAAGAGUCCAUGGAGCCAACCGACAUUUUGCAGCAGAUGGUUGUUGUUGAUGUGAUAGCAAAGAUAUCCGGAAUUGAUGUAGUGGUGGCGCCGGCUUUGGAGUAAAUAUUGCUUUUAAAAGCUAUUGCUUUUAAAAUUUUCAUUCUUUUAAAAACUCUUUCUUGUGCGCCUGUGCCCAUGAAAUAUUUAUUGUAAGGCAUUAGCGUUCCGAGAAUCGUGUUUUUUACUCUUUGUCUUUCAGCAGUUUUUUGUGUUAAGUAAUCUCAGCUGGGUCUUUGUUGGGAUUUGAUGUAAUACCCGUUUGCAUUUCUAAGCUGAAUUGUUUUGUAAGGUUUAUGGCAGCGCCUUUUAAAAAUUCUCUGGAUAUUGUUAGUGGAAUCCAUGAAUGGAUUAACUUACAAUUGGAAUUUUUGUGAUUUUUUGUUCCGCAUUGCAUUCUUGUCCAGUUGUCCUAAUUCGUGACUAUAAUUUUUUUGGAAAGCGAAAUAAAAAAAUCUUUAUCUUUG